CGCGAAUUUGAACAUGUUGUUGUCUUUUGUUUUCCGUGAAUGGAUUUACAAUACGGUUAUGAGAGAUGACAUCACGUUCCGAUUGAGGUUUGCAAUUUCACGUACGCUACCCUGAUAAGGUUACCACCUGCCAACCGGCGUUGCGGAGACUUUUUUCGUUCUCUGUCAGAGUGUGGUUUCUUCCUGUGCAGCACCAAUUGCAUAAUGCGGCUUUUGUGAUAUCUUCCAUUUUCCAGUGCAGUUUCAGAAUAGAAAACGGAGUUUUUUUACUUCAUCCGGACCUCAAACUUGGAUGUCAAAUGUAGAGAUUUUUGGAUAACUUUAUAAGAAAGGCAAGCCUGAAACCUUCCGUCCAUACUUACGCCUUGACCAUUGGAUGAUACCUUGCAAUGUGGGCUUUGCGCCCCGCCUGCUACGACAAUGACAUGCCCAUUGACUUGCGCAAGAAAGUGGUGUUGCAGCGAGACUUGGAGGAGAGGGAACAGAAGGAGUCAUCCCGCAGGUCGGAGGACGCCUUCGAACCCAGAGAUUACUCUCUGAACCGAUGCAAGGACAGGCAUCAUGAGCCCCCUCGACACAUUUUGCCAGUUCGGAAGCUCUCCCCGUUCAUGUCGGAGCAGUACGGGGUGCGCUGUUCACUAGUCAGUCCCGAGGAAAACAGGUGUCAGGAUCUGAGGCCUGGAAACCGAGGAACACUUGAGACCGCUAUCAGGAAGCUGCACUUCAACAGCCAGCUGAAGCGGAGUUCCGAAAGUGGAAAAGAGGAAAGAUGCAGAUCCAUCGAUGCCUUACUGGAGAACAAAAAGGAAAAUUCUGUGAAAGAAAAAUCUCCUGUUCGGUCCAGCAGUUGUCCUAACUUACUUGAAAUAAUUGCCUUAAAACCACCGAAAUGCCAUCAACCUGCUAACCAUCAUGACAUCAUUCGUGAAGUUGAAGUAUAUGACCAUCAGACUGAUAGGACGCCCAUAAAGUAUUCUAACUCAAUCAGAUACUCUCAAGUGCAGGACCAAUACCACGAAACUUCCCCAGUCAUAGGUGGAGCUAGAAAGAGAAAAUCUUUUACUCCUAUUUAUGGUGAUCGGAUUCCAUCCCCAAGAAAGUCACCCGAACAUCAUCCCUAUGAAGAGUAUUACUCCCACCCAGAAGUUCUUCGCCAGCAGCUACAUCAACAUAGUAGAUCUCCGUACCUAUUGCAUGUGUAUGAUUACUACCAGCAGCUAGUCCAAAGACUGCGAGAACAUUCCACGACUAAUCUACGCAUGCAUGUUCCAGAUUCACCAACUCCUACAGAGGAGGACAUGCAGCUUGAUGCACAGAGGAAGAGGCCUUGUCGUGCUUUGACUGGUAAGCAUGUAAAACAAGGCACUGGAGCAAGCAUAUCUACCUUGCUCACCCUACGACAGAAAAUUCAAGAAAGACAGAAAGCUAAGGAAGACCAACCGAGAAAUUUACUCAAUGUCUCAAAGAAAAUGUGCCCUUUAAAAAAGAAUACUCCUAAAAAGUCUAAGCAAACUUCCAAAACAUCUUUAAAUAAAAUUAGUAACUUUUGAUAUUGCGCUAGCUUGUGGCAGCUCGUGAGUUAUAAACUUGCAAAAAUCAUAAGGCAUUACUUUUUUUACUAUGGAAUAUUUAUUUUGUACAAAAAGACAUGUAGCUGAAAUUAUUACUAUAAAUAAUUAAAUCUUGAAAACAUAUCAUGAAUUUAGUCUUCAAAUUUAAAAUAACUACAUAUUAAUUCAUCUAAAACAUUGAUGUAAAUCAUUGCUUUUCGAUUUCAAAUGUGGCGAAUGAAAAAGGAAAUCUGUGUUAAAAAAUAGCUUUAUGCUGAGUAACAAAUUUAAA